GUGGAGCAAUGUUUGCUUUUUAUUGUGCAUUAAUUCUAAUGUGAUAAUUAAAUGCGGUCAUCUGUGUUGAAAGCGUGUAAGUGGAAGAAAUGAAUUGAAAUUCACUUGAAGAGUGUAUUGAACUGAAAAUCGAUGCUAAAACAGAUAAAAUGACAAAAACGAAUGCAAGUGAAUCUAGUAAAACGGCAUGCAAGCGACUUGGAGUUGUAGCGGCAGAUGAGAUGCUGCCACACGAGAUGCAACGAGAGUGGCUCGAACAAAACGAAGAAAUGGUUUUAGAAAAUUUGAAUCUAGAGCUAACAUCAACAGAAAAUUCUGAUGAAGAUUUAGUGGAAGAAGAGGAAGAAGAUGAAGUGGAUUCAUGUUCAUCGUUUAGUUUGCAGGAAUGCAUAAACGAGUUUCGCGCACGUCGUAUACGUCGCAUAUCUUCACACAGUCGGGAUGUACAAAAUGAAAACCCAACCACACAGGUUACGAGUAAUGUAACGUCUUUAAAUAAUAAAAAAAAUAAUAAAGACAUAGAUGAUGCUGAUUUAAUUAAACAAAACCGUAGCAAUAGAGAGCAGGAACGUAAGUGUAAACCUUGUAAAAAUGGUUUCUGUUAUUGCUUUACAAGCGACAGUGGGGAUGGCAGUUGUACUGGUUUAGGAACGGCACGUGGCACACACGUGCGACAGCAUAGGCGUCACAAAAAUGAGCAAAUACAAGUUGCUCAACAACAUAACAAAAAACACAAAGAAAAGCAAAAUGAUAACUUGUCACAUCGUCGUGUCGUAGAUGACCUACAAAUACCGAAUACAGUGAGAUCCAAUACAAGUGGUGAGUUUUUAACAGCAUUUAGUCGUCUGGAAACUACAACAAAUGAUGAACCACUCAUACAUAUUAUACAAGAGCUACACAAUAAUUGUGUUAUAUCCGAAGUACGUGUGAAUAAAGAAAAAGCACUAACACAAGGAUCAUAUUCGCAACCAGAAUCGAAAAAAAUUACUUUAAAGGGAGAGGUGAAUAAGACAUCUCCUGUGAAAGAAUGGUGUAAACCAACAGCACCGCCUUUGGAAAAAAUUACCGAAAAUGAUAGUAUAUCUGAUACUUCCACUUAUGUGUCGGCACUCGAUAAAACAAUCAAAUGCGAUGAAUGUACGCACCGUAAACAUAAAGCUGCUGGCCGUUUAUUACAAAAACGUUUGUCGGCAACAUCGGGUCAGAUAAAGCCUAGAAAUAUUAAGGAACCACCUCCUAAGCCACCGCGCAGCUCAAUUGGUUUUGAACACAAGGAUUCGGUUAGUUCACUUGUGUCCACUUCGCCUUCAGUACGUGAGGCAGAGCUUAUUGUUGAUAAGUUUCUUGUUUCGAGAGGUGUUAAGAUAAACACUAGUCCAGCAAAAUUAAGAAAUAAGGAUACGAGUAGGAAGAGUGGCAACGAUUUACCGCAUAAAUCCGUUAGCAAAUCAGACAAAAGGAAAUCAUAUCCAUUAACAAUAGCAGAAGAGAAACCGCAACGAAAACCGCUAUUUACUUAUCCUAAUCUUAGUGAUUUGGAGCUUGGUGAUGAUAUAAAGGAACUUAAGAACCAAAAAAAUUUACGUCGCUAUGCUUCCGAAAAACCUUUAGCUAAAGAAAUAACAGUGGGUUGGCAUCAACCGAAAAUUGCGGAAAUGCUUAAUUACGAUGCUGCGUCUAAACCCAAGCAGUUCAGAUCUCAAGGCACACAAGCUGAACCACAAGUUAUUGGUUGGCAAAUACCACCAAAAAUGCAAAUAGAUAUGGUGGAUGGUGGCGUAUGCCAUAAUCUUGCCGCAAACAUAGAAACAAAAAGUACUCCUGUAAAAACUCGUAUUUUCAAUAAUAAAGAUAAAAGUUUUCCUUGGUCUAAACAACUGCGAAACUUUUCACCAUGGCCAGUGAAGAAUAAACGAAAAAAUUCAACCCCACGUUCGAAAAGAAGUAAAACUGCUUCGUUUUUAUGCAAUUCAAAGAAGAAAAUAUUACGUUUGGUAUCACCAAAAAAGGAUAAUAACAUUCCCAAUAGAAUUAGAAGACAACAAACACCACAUCGUACUAUUGGUGUACAGACAACUGGAAGCGAUAUACAAUUAUAUGAACCCAGUUUAAUACGCCAAUCUCCGCCUGGCAGUUAUCAUUCUCCUAUACAAACGUCACCGCAAUCCACAACACCGACACGUUCGAGUGAUGCAAAUGUAGAACAAUUUGAUUUUUCACGUACCAUACAGUCACCACCGAAGGCUAAAUCUCGUUUACAACCAACUCAGAGAAAAUUGCAUUUUCCAACCGGUUGCGGUCGUGUAAUGUGUAUUAAAAGCUGUUGCAAAUCAUCGAUCAUUGAAAGUAUCGAUGAACAGAGGCUUUCAAAUCUGCAUAAUAAGACCUAUCAAUCAUACCAAACUGAUUUGGAUAAUGAUGUGAAUAUUUCGAAGAUGAGCUAUAUUUUGGGAAAUAUACGAGCAAAAUUGGAAGCUAGUGAUGAGUUUGCAGUAAGAACCUUUCAGGAGGUUGAACGUCGUGAGCAUCAACAUGACAAUGGUUUUGAUUGCGUUGAUGGUCACAAUAGUAAUAUAUCACGUCACGGUUUAAGACUCCACAACCUCAAUCAUCGUUUAGAAAAUAUAGACCGACAGGAUCCACUUUACUCAGAAAUAGAAGAGGAAAGAAUGCAUAUAAGUGGUAGUCCAGAUUUUGAUAAUAAAACGGGAUUGGAAACUAAAACAACUGAAAAGAAUUUUGAUCAUUUAUAUGCGAAAGUAAAUAAAGCAGCAAAAAAUAAAAAAAACCAAUCAACUACUACUUCUACAACAACAACAACACUAACGCCUUUAGGUAAAAUUCUUCAUGAAUCUUUAAAAUCGAAAAAUUCAACUCUACCACCUUUAUAUGAGUCCACAAGCCUCGAUGUGUCUUAUACGUCACCAACACCAGACUCAGUGUCCACAGAAUUGCCGCCUUUACCACAAUCUCCGAAAGGAAAUAAAAAUGCGCUAAGUCAUUCCUCGUCUCUUAAUAACAUAAUGGAACAACAUUCAUUACCAAAGAAUAAUCGUAAUCUUAGCAAAUCAGAUUUGUCUAUAUAUCGUAGUGAAAUAUUUUUGGAUAAUUUAUGCCAUGCUGAAGUGGAAUGCUUGGAAAAAGUUGAAAAUAGCGAUUUGGAUCGAACUUACGUUUCUUUGCCUGGUUGUGAUUCAUACGAUGCUCAACCAAUUGAUACAAUAUCAUACGAAAUGCCAAAUGAGGAUGAAACUCACUCAAAUACUGCAGGUAGUCAUUUGGGCCUAAGUUUAACUUCACCACCACAAAGACGGGAUCAGAGCACACCGAAGAAAAAUCAUAACAAUGGCAGCUAUGGUGGACCUCAGCCCCGAACUUUUAUUACUAAGCUGAUAGAUGAGGAAAAUCGAGAUAGAAGAAAGCAACUUGACAUCAGCAUUGAUUGUGUUAGUGUAGAUCAGCCAGAUAUCCAAAAUCAUAGCAGUAGUUGUCCGGUAACGCCACAUAAAGUAUCUGCUACACCGAACGAAGCACGAUGUAUACAUUCCGCUAGUUUAAAUGAAAUUUCCAAUUAUGAUAAUGUAAACAAAAACAGCCUAAACAGUAACACCAGAAAUGAACUAUCCAUCAAUGGUGGAACACGUUAUAAACGCCUUAAAAAUGCAUUAAGACAAUCAUUGCGAAAGAGUAAGAACUUCGUACGCAAAGAGACCAAACGUUUGUCUUUAUCGCUUUUAACAACACCCGGAGGUGAAUUAAAUGACCCAGAAAAAUAUCUUUCAAUGACAUCACUAAAUUUGGAUAGACUCUUUUGCUUUGGUGAUGACGUGCCUCUUGCGCAGCAAAUUGCUACAGCGGUAAGCAUUUGUCGUCAAACACCUGGUUUUGAAGUUUCCGCCGAAAUGGUUGAAGCUGAGCGUUUGUUACUCUAUUCCACGUUGUGUGCUGAUAUGGAGAAACAGCGUUUAAAUUUAGUACAAAUACGUGGCUUAGAAUAUGGCAGAUCUGAAGAAUAUACACGUCGAUUUUUUGUGGAUGGAAUGCGUUUUCCAAUUAAGCCAGAUGUUUGUUAUGAUCUUACCUUCAAUUACUUUUAUAUUGUGACCUUUGAAUGUGCAGGUGUGAUACGUUCCACACAAUCUGUGGAAUGCGUCAAUCAUGAAGCGGUUUUCCGAGAUUGUGGAAUUGAAUUUUUUUGCAUGGAUACAGACGCUGUAGGUAUGGAACCAGUUAUAAGUUGUAAGAUUUAUAUGCUUCGAUUGCGCAAGAUAUCAACAUUAUCAAUUGAUACAAGAAAAUCUGUUAAAAUGACAAACGUUAAAAACUCUAGUCCCCCGUCGUCAUCAUCAUCAGAUGAUGGUGUAUUUUCACGUUUUUGUUUGCAUGCAGAAUUCAAACUCAAACCAAUAGAUUUUAUUCCCUACACAUGUGUGGAGUCCGAAACCAAGAAAUCGGAUAAAGUUUACUUGCGAACUGCAAACAAUUAUUGUGUACCUAUAAGAUUUUGUUCAAAAUCAACUAAUCUAGUGAAAGAAAUUGAGCUUUCAGCACGUACCGAAAUACGUUUUCCGAAACGGAAAAAAGAGGGAUUUCUAAAUGUACAAGAUCCAUAUACAUUACAUAAUUGGAAUCAGCGUUGGGUCACAUUGAAUGGUUUACAUAUUUAUAUAUGGCAGGACGAAAAUAGUGUUGAUUCUCAACCAUUAUUCUCUUUAGACUUACGACAUAGUAAACAAACGGCACCCGUUCUUUCAUCUCCGCCGGAGUUGUGUGCAAGACCUCGCUCGUUUUGUCUGCAAUGUGACGUUUUCAAAUCUGAGGAAAACCAUGAUACAGCAGGGGUUUUCUUCGCAGCAGAAACGUUGUUGGAUCUCAAUGCUUGGUUAGAUGCAGUUAACAUAGUUCUAGACUUCAUUACCAAGUGGUUGUAAUAUACUUAGUCAAAAUCAUAUUGAUAAUUUGUGCCUAAAUUUGCCUUUAAAAUCUGUUAUAUU